CUCGUCAGUCUAAUGUAUUGAUGAGUCGGUAGUGAAAAAAAGUAUAUAUGUUACUUCUAGUAAACGAUUCAAAUUAUAAUAUAUAUGAAAAUCUAGAUUAUUAAUCAUUUGUCUACGGUUUCAAUAAUUCUCUAUUGUUCCGGAAGGCUUUCUCCGCUAAUUCGUUACUAUUCAACAACCGUCCCUAAUCAGCCUAGCCGUAGCCUCAUCCAACGCGACCUUAGUACCUUACGAAGGAAGAAGUCGAAAUAUUAUAUUACCUGUUUACUAGUUGAUGUGUACGAGUGCAUUUCUAGUGUGAGCGUGUGCGCGUAUUUGUUCUGCAAUGUGAUGUGGUGGACGUACAUUGACAUUGGAAUGGUAUAUUGACUGUUGUCUGUUGAGUGUCGACCAGACUAUAAAUUAGUUUUUGAUACAACCGACGACAUCAUUACCGAGAGGACUGCCAGUGGAAACACAAUUGAAUUAUAUAACACACAAUAUUAUACUUGGAGUCAUCGAAUAUUAUUUCAAAAACAUAUAGAUAUAAUAAUUACUAUAAUGAUGCUGCACGGGACAUUAUCUUUUUUAAUAUUGAUGAUUUUGAGUGCGACGCCAAUUCUAGAUUGUGCGAAAGUCGUUUGCUACUUCAGCAAUUGGGCCAUUUAUCGACCGGGCAUUGGAAAAUAUACCGUAGACGAUAUACCGGUCAAAGAUUGCACCCAUGUUAUUUAUUCUUUUGUCGGAGUAGACAAUUCGACUUGGAGUAUAAGUGUUCUCGAGCCUGAAAUCGAUGUAAAUAGAAAUGGUUUCAAGAAUUUCACGGAUCUUCGAAUAACGAACCCAGACGUUAAGUUUAUGGUAGCUCUUGGUGGUUGGGGAGAGGGGGGCAAGAAGUAUUCUACAUUAGUGUCUUCUGCGGAGAAAAGAGCAAUAUUUAUCAAAAGUGUAAUAGAAUUUCUUAAGAAAUACGAAUUUGAUGGUUUAGACCUCGACUGGGAAUAUCCUGGUGCAGUUGACCGAGACGGAGCUUAUUCAGAUCGCAAUAAUUUUUAUUAUUUUGUACAAGAACUAAGAGCAGAAUUUGAAAAUCAAAAUACUUCAUGGCAAUUAACAAUGGCAGUGCCAUUAGCCAAAUUCCGAUUAAUGGAAGGUUAUUACGUUCCCGGUUUAUGUCGUUUAACCGAUGCUGUACACGUAAUGGCUUACGAUUUAAGAGGAAAUUGGGCUGGGUUUGCGGAUGUCCAUAGUCCAUUGUUUAGAAGACCUUCUGAUCAGUAUGCUUAUGAAAAACUAAAUGUUGCAGAUGGAAUGCAAUUAUGGGUGGAUCUUGGUUGUCCACCAAAUAAAUUAGUUAUGGGUGUACCGUUCUAUGGACGAACAUUUACAUUGAGUGCUAGUAAUAAAAAUUACAAUAUUGGCACAUACAUCAACAAAGAAGCAGGAGGUGGUGAACCUGGAAAUUACACACAGGCUGUCGGAUUUUUGGCUUACUACGAGAUAUGUGAAUAUUUAAAAGACGACGAUAGUUGGGCUCAAAUGUGGGAUCCAAUUGGACUGUGUCCGUAUACAUAUAAAGGUACACAGUGGAUCGGCUAUGAAAAUGCCACAAGUUUAUCAUUUAAGAUGGAACAUAUUAAAAACAAAGGCUACGGCGGUGCAAUGACUUGGGCUGUAGAUAUGGACGAUUUUCAUAGCAUUUGUGGUCCCAAAAAUCCUCUCAUUCGAAUUCUACGAGACUCUAUGGAAACAUACACCCCUCCAGUUUUACAGAUUACUACUACUCCUACGCCCGAUUGGUUGAUACCUCCAGAGAUAACCACUCAAAAUAAGAAAGACACUACCAUGCAAGCACCUACUGAACCUACAACGAUAUCAGUUAAAGAAACAAAUAAUGUUGUAAAAACAUAUGGUCAAAAAUCAAUAGGAUGCAAACAAGGAGAAUAUUCGCCUAGUAAUUAUUGUCAUAAAUAUUUCAUGUGUGAUCAUGGGAAAUUGAUGCCUUUCAUUUGUCAACCCGGCACUUAUUGGAAUCAAGAGGAGUUGGUAUGCGAUUGGCCUUCCCGAACUGCCCAGUCAAAUUGCAUAACAGUUUAAUUUAUAAAAUAUAGAAUUCGGAUAUAGAUAUACAAGAAAAUUAUAUGUUAACAAAAAUGUAACAAUAGUAAAUUUACAUUAAAAGGAAGUUACAUUGUCCGCAGUAA